GUUGAGCUUAAGCUAGCUAACAGCUAGCCUGCUAUGUUGAGUCCGUGCUGGAGACGCAGAAGAGAGUGAUGAAAACAUGCCUCACUUCACAGUGGUACCGGUGAAGGACCGAGCUCAGUCCAGCUAUGACAGUCUAGAGGGGGUUAACUGGGUGGAUUACAGGGACACUGGACAGGACUACCAUGAUCAUCAAGAUACUGUCAGCUCUGAUGGACAUGGGAACCAUAAAGAAGACAGUCCAUUUCUCAACAGUGCUGAUGCUGCUAGCAAGAAGAAUGACUUCUAUGACAGGAACCUGGCAUUGUUUGAGGAAGAACUGGACAUUCGGCCGAAGGUUUCCUCUCUGCUCAGCCGCUUGGUCAACUACACCAACAUCACCCAGGGAGCCAAGGAGCAUGAGGAGGAGGAGAGUACUGAGGCCUCACGCAGGAAGACCCCCAAGUCUCCCAACAUGGGCACUCUAAUGGGAGUCUACUUACCGUGUCUCCAGAACAUCUUUGGGGUCAUUCUUUUCCUCAGACUGACGUGGAUUGUUGGGAUGGCUGGCAUCAUGCAGUCCCUCCUGAUUGUCCUCAUGUGCUGCUCUUGUACAAUGCUCACAGCCAUAUCAAUGAGUGCCAUAGCUACUAAUGGUGUUGUUCCAGCUGGAGGGGCAUACUUCAUGAUCUCACGUUCCCUUGGCCCAGAGUUUGGAGGAGCUGUGGGACUGUGCUUUUACUUGGGCACCACCUUUGCUUCUGCCAUGUAUAUACUUGGUGCCAUCGAAAUCUUCUUGAAAUAUCUGGUCCCCCAGGCGGCCAUCUUUCACACAACAAACUCCCUUGGGGGUGACAGUGCCAUGCUGAACAAUAUGCGAGUCUACGGUUCUAUCUGCCUCACACUGAUGGCUGUGGUAGUUUUUGUUGGAGUCAAAUACGUCAACAAGCUGGCCUCUCUUUUCUUGGCCUGUGUCAUUAUCUCAAUUGUCUCCAUUUACGCCGGGGCAAUCAAAUCCAUGACUCAUCCGCCAGAGUUCCCUAUCUGCAUGUUGGGCAACAGGACUUUGGUGAGAGAUCGCUUUGAUGUGUGCGCAAAGACUGUGACGGAGGGCAACAUCACCAUGCCCAGUCAGCUGUGGGACACAUUCUGCCAGUCAGGGAACAUGAGCAGCGCUCAGUGCGAUGACUACUUCAUCCAGAACAAUGUGACAGAGAUACAGGGCAUCCCUGGACUGGGCAGUGGGAUUAUUAGAGAAAAUAUGUGGGGCAACUAUCUGCAGAAAGGAGAGAUCUUAGAGAAAGCAGGGCUGCAGUCAGUCGAUGCCCAUGGGGCCAUGGACAACUUUGGCAUGUAUGUCUCAGCAGACAUUGCUACAUCGUUCACACUUCUGGUGGGGAUCUUCUUCCCAUCUGCCACAGGUAUCAUGGCAGGCUCCAACAGAUCUGGAGAUCUCCGGGAUGCUCAGAAGUCCAUCCCUGUGGGAACUAUUUUAGCUAUUACCACUACUUCACUUGUUUAUUUAAGUUCUGUGGUCCUGUUUGGGUCUUGUAUUGAAGGAGUAGUCCUAAGGGACAAGUUCGGAGAUGCUGUCAGAAAAAACUUGGUGGUGGGGACUCUCUCUUGGCCCUCUCCGUGGGUUAUUGUCAUUGGCUCCUUCUUCUCUACGGUUGGGGCCGGCCUGCAGUCGCUCACUGGUGCUCCCCGACUUCUACAGGCUAUUGCCAAGGACAACAUCAUUCCUUUCCUCAGGGUGUUUGGUCACGGAAAAACUAAUGGAGAGCCUACAUGGGCACUGCUGCUGACCGGUCUCAUAGCAGAACUGGGUAUCCUUAUUGCCUCACUGGAUAUGGUGGCUCCUAUCCUUUCCAUGUUCUUCCUGAUGUGCUAUCUCUUUGUGAACUUAGCCUGUGCAGUUCAGACUCUUUUACGCACGCCAAACUGGAGGCCAAGAUUUAAAUAUUACCACUGGGCUUUGUCCUUCCUUGGGAUGAGUAUGUGUCUGGCACUAAUGUUCAUCUCCUCCUGGUACUAUGCUAUUGUUGCCAUGGGCAUCGCUGGGAUGAUCUACAAAUACAUUGAGUACCAGGGAGCAGAGAAGGAGUGGGGAGACGGCAUAAGAGGACUGUCCCUUAGUGCUGCACGCUACGCCCUGCUAAGACUAGAGGUCGGACCCCCGCACACCAAGAACUGGAGACCUCAGCUGUUGGUGCUACUGAAGCUGGAUGAGGACCUCCAUGUAAAAUAUCCCCGACUCCUCACCUUUGCCUCGCAGCUGAAGGCAGGAAAGGGUCUGACCAUUGUUGGCUCUGUCAUCCAGGGCAACUUCCUGGACAGCUAUGGGGAAAUGCAGGCAGCUGAACAGGCCAUUAAGAAUAUGAUGGAGAUUGAGCGGGUCAAGGGUUUCUGCCAGGUCGUGGUGGCAUCUAAGGUGCGUGAGGGCGUUGUCCAUCUGAUCCAGUCCUGUGGUCUAGGAGGCAUGAAGCACAAUACUGUGGUGAUGGGGUGGCCUUACGGCUGGAGACAGAGUGAGGACCCUCGUGCCUGGAAGACUUUUAUCAACACAGUCCGCUGCACCACAGCUGCCCACCUGGCCCUGAUGGUGCCCAAAAAUGUGUCCUUCUACCCAAGCAACCACGAACGCUUCACAGACGGCAGCAUCGACGUGUGGUGGAUCGUCCAUGAUGGGGGGAUGCUAAUGCUGCUGCCUUUCCUGCUCAAACAGCAUAAAGUGUGGAGGAAAUGCAAGAUGCGCAUCUUCACCGUAGCCCAGAUGGAUGACAACAGUAUCCAGAUGAAGAAAGAUCUGGCCACGUUCCUUUACCAGCUGAGAAUAGAGGCUGAGGUGGAGGUGGUGGAGAUGCAUGACAGUGACAUCUCAGCAUACACCUAUGAGCGGACGUUAAUGAUGGAGCAGAGGUCCCAGAUGUUGAGGCAAAUGAGGUUGUCCAGUGCAGAAAGACAAAGAGAGGCCCAGCUGGUUAAGGACAGACACUCUUUGGUGCGUAUGGGGAGUCUAUACUCAGAUGAGGAGGAGGAGGUGGUGGAGGCUCCCCCAGAGAAGGUUCAGAUGACAUGGACAAGAGAGAAGUGCGAAGCUGAGAGGAGGAACAGGAACAACGCACCUGAGAACUUCAGAGAACUCAUGAGCCUCAAACCGGAUCAGUCCAACGUACGACGAAUGCAUACAGCAGUGAAGUUGAACGAGGUAAUAGUCAACAGGUCCCAUGAUGCCCGAUUAGUUCUGCUCAACAUGCCAGGACCACCACGCAACACAGAGGGCGACGAGAACUAUAUGGAGUUUCUGGAGGUGUUGACUGAGGGUUUGGAAAGAGUGCUGCUGGUGAGAGGUGGAGGUCGGGAGGUCAUCACUAUCUACUCAUGACCAGUUAGGAGCUGCUACACAGGGGCCUCCGCCUCUGUCAGAGUACAUUCCACCUCUGGACACAAAGCAGCACCCGCUCUGCUGCCAGACACAUGUUGGUAGAUGCACCAGUUUGACACCUUUUCUGAUUAUGGACUUUUGAGUACAAAAGAGGUUUAUUCUAUUCUUGUAGAAUACUGGGACACAUUAGUGUACAUAUCUAUUAAGUACAUUCACGACUUUGCCAUUCUUUACAAAUGAUCGCUGUUUAUUUUUCUCCCUCAGAAGAUCAAUAUUUGUGUCAGGCUGUCAAACACAAAGUAUUAGGUUUGCAUUUUCUUAUUUAUAGGUAACAAAUACCUCUUCAUAUGUGGAAAAUAAACCUAUAUUUGAAGAUUUUUGGCAGACAGCACCAUCCUGACUAGUAAAUAUGUUGUUAUAACAGUUUUAAUAGUAUGUCAGAUUUUUCUAAAACAACCUUUUGAUUAUUUUGGAAGCACGUCUCUAUUUAUUUAUUUAUUUUUUUUCAACACUUCCCCACUGAGGUAAAGGAAAAUAUUACUGUAGAUAAGUAGCUAUGCUGUAUUAGUGGCACAAAAUCCAGUUUGCAAAUGUGGAUUCCAGAGAUCAUAAAGCGAGUUUUUAAGAAGAGUUAGAAUUUAUGAUAUUUGGACAGAUGUUCUACAUGACCUUUGAACUGGUACAUUUGUACUUUUUCUAACUUUUCUAACUGAAAAGCUUAUCUGACACAAAACAGAUGGCUUAAUUUAAAGUUAUAAUCCUUAAGAUUUUCAUGAAAUCAAACCAAGCCAUUCAAUAUAUUCACAUUCUGUAAACAUCUAUCUUUGUGGGAGUUUUCAUCCCACAAAGAUAGAUUUGUGGUGGAGUGCACCAUUCCUUCCCUGGUUUCAAAUUUCCUAUCUACACAUUCCUACAACGUUAGUGUGUUUAGUUAUACUGUAAACACAUACACAGACUACCAUUCUGUCACAGUCCUGUUAAAGUACCUCCUCAAGAAGUGUUGCCUAAUAUUAACCACACUUGCCGUUACCACAUGAACCAUGGAUGUUGUCGGAUAAACCAGGACUGAAAUCUGAAGGAUUACAACUUUAAGAAAUUCUGUUCUCAGCUAUGUGAGACUAUCACAUCAAGUUUUGUUUGUUUUUGUUUUUUUUGUUUUUUUUCUAGUUAGAUGAGUAUGAUCAGUAUUUUAGGCCAGCAUACAGCAUAGAGAGCAAUAGUCUUUUUUUAUGGGGACUAUUUUAUGGGGUGUUUUAUAUAUAAGGGAUAAUCCAUGACAAGGUGUGCAAUUAUUAAAAACUAAACACGCAAUGCUCCUGCUUCCUUUAACUUUCAAUUUUAACUUCAAUAUUUUCUUUAUUUUAAUUUUUUUUUUCAGAACAGCAUAGGUUGAAGUGGAUUAUGCCACAUUGUCCAACACAAAUUAUGUUUUUGAUGAUGUAACACUGUUUAAAUGGAAACUUUAUAUUGGCACCUUUUUAGUGAAGCUGUGAGUAUUCAUUUUUGAAGAGCUAUGAUGCUAUUACGGGCGGCACAGUGGGGCAGUGUCACUUCACAGUUCGAAUCCCAGUCUGGGCUCUUCUGUGCAGAGUUUGCAUGUUCUCUCUGUGCCUGCGUGGGUUUUCUCCAGGUACUCUGGCUUCUUCCCACAAUCCCAAAAACAUGCACAUUAGGUUAAUUGGCAACUCUAAAUUGCCCCUAGGU